CGCCUUCCAGCGGCUGGCGGACGGCGGCGGGCGGCUGCGGGUGCCCGUGGUGUUCCUGACCAACGCCGGGAACUGCCUGCCCUCGGCCAAGGCCCAGGAGCUGUCGCGGGCGCUGCAGCUGCAGGUCUCUCCGGAGCAGGUGGUGCUGUCCCACAGCCCCCUGCAGCUCUUCAGCCAGUUCCACCAGCGGUGCAUGCUGGUGGACGGGCAGGGACCCGUGGAGGAGAACGCCCGCAACCUGGGGUUCAAGCACGUGGUCACCAUCGAGGCCCUGAGGAAGGCGUAUCCCCUGCUGGACAUGGUGGACCUGAGCCGGAGGCCGAAGGAACUGCCUCCUCCUACCACUGGCUUCCCCACUAUAGAAGGGGUGGUUCUGUUUGGCGAGCCAGUGAGGUGGGAGACAAGCCUGCAGCUCAUCACUGAUGUCCUCCUGAGCAAUGGGAACCCUGGGGCAGAGCUGCAGGAUGUGCCAUACCCUCACCUGCCUAUCCUUGCCUGCAACAUGGACCUCCUGUGGAUGGCUGAAGCCAAGAUGCCCAGGCUCGGCCAUGGCACUUUCCUCCUCUGCUUGGAGAGCAUCUACAAGAAGGUGACAGGCAGGGAGCUGAAGUACGAGGCCCUGGUUGGCAAGCCCAGCCCAGUCACGUACCGCUAUGCCCAGUACUUGAUCCAGCAGCAGGCAGAGAAGCAGGGCUGGAAGGCUCCCAUCCGACACCUCUAUGCAGUCGGGGACAACCCUAUGUCUGACAUCUAUGGGGCAAACCUCUACAACAACUACCUCAAGUCAGCUCGGCAGAAGCAGGCGCAGGCUGGGCUGAAGAGGAGCCCACAGGCAGCCUGUGCCCAGGCUGAGGUUUCCCUGGAGCUGGGGCAUGACUGCAGCAGUUCAGUGGAGUGCUGCCAGUCCCUCCUGGUCUGCACUGGGGUCUACCACCACAGCAGUGGUGUUCCCAAGGAAACAGCACAGACAGUGUUCCACGGACACCGGGACUUCUGCUUCGACCCCAGCCUGCUGGAGCCGUCCUACGUGGUGCAGGAUGUGGAUCAUGCUGUGCAACUUGCUUUUCAAAAGGAAAACUGGAGCUAGGGGUUCAGGCAGGUGUGCCUGAAG